GGUAAAUGGGUCUUCACUUUUAGUUGAUUAUAUAUUGUCCAAAUCUCUGGUUUUGAAUUUUAUUGCAUUCUGGGAUCUGGGUUUUUGUUGAAGUUGCUAUCUUUAUAAGAGAAUGACAUCAGCCUGUUAGAUAAAACGAAAUUCACACCAAAUUCUGUAUUUGUUAUCAAAAAACCAAAAUUUUUAGAUAUGAAGCGUGUUUCUUUAUCUUCGGCGGAAAUAAUUGCCAGCAACCAAGACCUUCUGACCGAAAUUCUCAUCCGAAUACCUGCAAAACCUCUCCUGAAAUUCAAGUGCGUAUCAAAACAGUGGCUCUCUUUAAUUUCUGACCCCAAAUUCUGUAUCUGGCAUGCUUGCCACCAACGAGUCCCGAACCCCACACCCAAUGCUCUCCUGCUCAACAACUUUUACUCAUCCACUCCGACUUUCCAGUUCAUCCCUCUCAUUGGUGAUGAUUCAUCUUCUUAUUCUCAAGCUGCAGUCUUUGACUAUUUGAAUGUGUCUCCGAACUAUCGGCUCAAGAUAAAGAAUUCUUGCAACGGAUUGAUCCUUUGUAUGUCCAUCUUCUAUGGCUGUGGUUUUGAUGAUGCAUGUUCUGAACUCAAGGGCAUUAUUUGUAAUCCCACUACCAAGCAAUUUAAGACUCUUUCUUUUCCCGUUCCUAAAUUCGGGAAUUCUAAAACAUAUUCAAGUUUUUAUGGUUUGGCCUUUGAUCCCUUAAAAUCACAUCACUACAAGAUCAUUUGUCUUCAUGUUGAUUAUCGAGUCUCUAAAAAUCCCCAAAUUUAUCUAUAUUCCUCACGUACCAACUCUUGGAGCUUCUUGCAAAACUCUUUGGAAGCACCAACUUUGUAUGGUUUUGUAAAUGGGGUUUUCUGCAAUGAUGCUAUUCAUUGGUGCAGUUAUGAACAAACCACAUUGUAUUUCGAUGUAAAUACUGAAAGUUUGAAGAUAAUGCCAAUGCCUCCUAUAUUUUCGACUGUAAACAGAUUUCGGGAAAUGAUGUACUUUGGGGAAUCAAGGGGCCGUUUGCACUUGGCAGGCAUAGGACGCUGUUUCAUCUUUGGAUUUGAUGUUUGGGAGAUGGCUUCUGAUUAUUCUGGAUGGUCUUUUCUGCACCGUGUGAGUCUUCAUAGUAUGAAAAGGGCAUUUCCUAAACAAAAGUUUGAUACAUUUUCAAUAUUGAAUGUUCUUCUGGCUGAAAAGGAAGAAGAAUUGAAGGUUGUGAUAUCAGUUGACAGUAUAUCCGUGUCCUUGAAUGUUUUCGAUGGUACAUUGAAGAUGCUUAGUGUUUUAGAGCCAGGACUUGAAUUUCCUGCUGAAUUGGGUUAUGAAGGGCAUGAUGCCUUUCAAUACUUUCAGUCCCUUGUUUGUGUUUGAGCAUAACACUUUCACUGAUUGGUAUUCCAAUCAUCAUGUUGAUUGUUAUGCAAUUCUGCAAUGUUGAAAUUUCUGGUUUUGAGCGGAGAUGCCAAAGCAUUCCAAAACCUGGGCUUGGCAUAUGACCAUCCAAGUUGGUGACCUGGCUUUUAUCAUAUGGUGAAAGAGAAGCUAGUUUUAUCAUGACAACCAGGCUUCCCAAAUUUUAGUACCAGCUAGUAUCAGAUAUAUUUCCCCUUUUGCAAAGCUCACUUAUAGUUUUGGAUGUUCUCUAAUUCAUACAUGUAUUAAGUUUUAUGGAUACAAAAAUUGUUGAAUGAUGAUAACAUUGCAGCUUUAAUUUGUAUAGUAACAUAAUCGCUAUUGGGUAUUUAAGAUAUAUUUCGGUUCAGUAGUGAGUCUGAGUACAAAAGCAUACUAUGUCAUGCAAGCCAGAGGUCUUUGCAGAUGAGAAAUUAAGAUGUUCCCCUAAGCCGUCACAGUAUCCAGACAAAGCUCAUUUAUAGGCACCUCUAAAUUGAAACUUCAUGGGGCGGGCUUGUCUUGCCAUUUUAACUUAGGAGGGUUGUAAGUAACAGAGUUACUAUUAAUCCUCAGUCCUUUCUCCUCUUUGGUUGUGCUCACAUGUUAAAGCAGCUUGGUUGCUUUCUGAUAUUGGUGAUUACGUUUUGUGGAUGGCAACAUCUGCUGUUGGUCAUUUUUAUCUCGUGAUGGAAUCGUCUCAUCUAGAUCAUCAUCUUGAGGCUAUUUGGAUUUUUCUGUUAGGUUGCACUGGGAACAAAAAUUGUUUGUCACGGUAAGCCAGUGAAAGAGCCAUCAAACUGUUGCCUUCGCGUUUUCUUGUGCUCAUUAAUGUAGUGAACCUUUUCAGUCAGCUGUCAUCUCUGUUUGAUUCUGUAUCCUAUUGGUCUCAUAUGGGACAGAUCGUGAAGAUCAAUGUUAAUGGCUUAUGGCAUCAUGCAAAACUGAAGGCAGUGCAGAUGCUGGUAUUGUUUUCCACAAUUAUAAAGGUGAUUAUGGCUGGUUUAGCAUUUCGCAGUCUUCUAUCAAUCCAUUCAUGCCAAGCAUACGUUGCCCAUGGUGGCCUUGUUCUUCACUAAGAUGGUCAUCUGCAAAGUCAUGCCAGCGUCUCUUCAUGAGCAGCUCUCUAGCCUGGGAAUGGUAAUCAGUAAACACUUUCUCUCUAAAUCAUUUGUCACCCACUAUGAUGUAUGUUAUGUUCCUUGCUCAUAAGAAAUGGCUGGUCAUUUGUUCGCUCGUAAUUUAGAUAAUUAUGCUUCUAGGCUCAAAGAUCCACUGUGUAUUUUCUAUGUUGUGUAAAAUUCUGAUUGUGUUGUAGUUCAAUGGUAAUUCCAUCAUUUACUUGGAAAA